CGCAAACUCACAAGUAUAAAUAGCUUAGGGUUUGAGGGGAAACAAGGAUCACCGCUUCCUUCGCCUAGGGUUUACCAACCGCGAAGCUAAAACAAUGGCAUUUUGGGGUAUUGAAGUGAAAGCUGGUAAGCCAGUUACUCAUUCGUCCAAUAAUGAGAGAGGAAGGCUACGAAUUUCUCAGGCAACAUUGGGAAUUGGCAAUGCUGAAACUAAAAGUUUGGUACAGUGUAAUGUGGGGAACAAGAGUCCUGUUUUCCUCUGUGCUUUGUUACCUAACAAGACAGAGUCGUGCCAUUUGGAUUUAGAGUUUGAGGAGGCAGAAGAUGUGGUUUUUUCUGUUCUCGGUCCUAGAACUGUUUAUCUGACUGGUUACUAUGUGGGAAAUAGUCGGCGAGCAAAUGUAAACAGUGAUACAGAGUCAUAUGGAGAGGAUAUUGCAGACACAGAAACAGGGGAAUCCUGCCAUGACAGUGAUGAUGACAAGUAUGAUGAUAGCUUUAUCAACGAUGCUGAACCAGAAAUAUCACCACCUUCACCUGCUUCAAGCAGCGGAGUUCAAGAAGAUGAUGAGAAUGUGUCAGACAAUAAGCUUAACAACAACAAUGGCGGCCAUAAAAGGCUUAGGAAGAAGUACCAAGUAAGUGAGUCCGAAAAUGAGGAUAUAUUGCAGGAAAGCGAUGAUGAAGAUAGUUGUCUCUUAUCGGCUCUUAAGAAGAAAACAGACGUGAAGGCUGUAGCAUCAGAAGAUAAUCAAAAGAUUGACAUUCCUCAUAGGACAGAAAAUGGUGGCACAGUGGAAUCUAAAAAAGCCAAUCAUGAAAACAGCAUUAACUCAAAGAAGAAGAGGAAACAGCCUGAGGGCAAUGGUGGUAAACUUCUUGAAGCAAAUACCAGCAGUGAUAGGAAGGACUACAAAGAUGAUAAAACAAAUUUGGUGGAUGUCGGGUUGGCAAUGACAAUUGAUAUGAAAGAUGGCCAAUCUGAUACUCUGGAGCCCCUUGCGGAAGAGGAUUCUAAUCAUGUUCCAAAAUCGAAGAAAAGAAAGCAUUCUGUGGAAGCGAAAUCUGUCGAAAACCAUGAUACAGACUGUGCUGUCAUUCUUAAAGAGGAUCAACUGAAACAAGAUCCUCUAAAAGCUGGUCACCUGGGUGAGGAUCCAAUUGCAAUUGCAAUUGCAAUAGAUGAAGAAGAUCAAAAACUGACCAUCAAUAAUAGUAGUGUAGAUGGAAAAUCUGACUCUGUGGCUGAUGGGCACCAAUCGGAUAAGAAACUUAAAAAGAAGAAGAAAAAGAAGAUGAAAUCUCAGGAUGACUGUUUGGUAAACAAGGAUCUUCCUGUUCUGCAAGAGAAUGAAAUGAAUAGACAAUCCGUGGAUGUUGAGGACAAGAGUCUGAAGGUCAAGUCUACUGUAAUAAAGACCUUGUCUAAUGGGUUGACCAUUGAAGAGCUCGCUGUGGGUGAACCUGGUGGAAAAUUGGCAGCUCCAGGAAAGAAGAUCAAAGUUCAUUACACCGGCAAGCUAAAGGAGAAUGGGCAGAUAUUUUACACAAAUAUGGGAAAAUCUCCAUAUAAAUUUCGUCUAGGUGAUAAAGACGUCAUAGAGGGAUGGAACCUUGGUCUUGCUGGCAUGCGUGUGGGUGAUAAAAGAAGGCUCACAGUCCCACCAUCAAUAGGCUACGGGAGUGAGGGAGCUGGGGAGAAUAUCCCACCAAACUCAUGGUUGGUGUUUGAUAUUGAAUUGAUUGGAGUCCGUGGAUAAUUCAGCUUAGCUUAUCAUUCCUGGAGGGAAAGUCAUCUAUGCAGAACUUAUCUUUUCCUCUUGAAAUUUGAGACUUGAACUGUUUAUUGAUAUUGGCGCUGAGGCAGGAUUUGGACAAGAGAGAUAGAAACUACAGGCACUUUCUUCAUUACCAAGAUGGAGUGGCUAAUACUAAUAAGGCAAAACUUUUCAUAAUUUUGUGUAGUAUUUUGUUAGCCUGUGAAAGAAAAGGAAAAUGGGACAAGCCAGCCCCAACCUUUCCAGGUGGGGAUUUUUGCAUUCCUGGCUGUGUUGAUGAGUUGAUGAUUCUCUAAUAGAAAUUAUAUGGUGAAAGGAUUUUUGCAUACCUAGAGAUUGUAUGCAUUGAAGGAUAAGACAUAAUCUCCGUAAGAUAUUUCAUCUGAUUUAUAGUGUUCAAUUUCCAG